AGACUCUCACACAGAAGCAGGGCUGCACUCAGGAUGUUGCAAGACUAAUUAACUACCACAGCACAACCGUCUGCUUGAGGAACCUGAACUGCGCUCAUACUGUACUUUUAGUUCUAAUACUAACCUUGUAUCUAAUCUUGUAUAUAUGUAUGAGGCUGACUCCAUGAGGAAUUUCCAAACUGCUGAAGACGUCUACCUCUGAACAUUGUGAAGACACCUGGACUUGAGAAAUCUCUCAAUUUCUUCCUCACCACAAAGACAUGGUGCUCUGGAUUAUCUUCCCCAUCUCCCUCUCCCUGGUUUCUUUCAUUGGAACAUGGACUGUGUAUGGGCUGGCCUUCUCCAACAAUCAUGUGUGCUCUCUCAGUGACUGGGGAGGUGACAACUACUGCAGAGGGAACCAGUCCAAUGGAUGUUGCUUUGCUCCCACUAUAAGCUCAAGUGGAACGAUGGUCCCAGAAAAUUCCCUUUUUACAGCUGUAAUCAAUGGUGGAUCCUUUCUGUUUCUGCUGUUCUGUAUUUUCCACCAUGCUCAUAUUAUGGAGAGACAUGCAUGUAAUUCCAUGCUGAGCAAGGCUGCACUGGCCUUUGGUGUGGUGGCGGCCAUGGGGGCAUUUGCAGCUGGAAACUGUAAUCCAGAGUACCUGUCGCUCCUUCACUACCUGGGAGCCGCCAUCAGUUUCCUGUGCAUCUGUUUCUACACCGUGCUGCUCACCUCGCUGACCGGGAAGUGUGUGCUGACAGGUUACGAAAAAGUUCUCUACCCAUUACGCAUCAGCUCCACUGUGAUUCAAAUCAUUGUCACCAUCUGCUAUACUGUUUUGUUUACCCAGCAGGAGUACUUUUACAUCCACUUGUCUGCUAUAUUUGAGUGGAUGCUAAGUGUCAACCUGGAGCUGUUCGAGCUCAGCUACGUCGUGGAGUUUUGCUUCUUCUCAUCCUUCAUGCUUUCAAAUCUGUUGAGCAAACGAGAUGAAGAAAAACCUUUGAUCCUGCCAAUGUCCUGAUAUGAGGCUGCCAGGGUCCAGCUGAGGCACACAAGCACACAGGAUGGAAUGAAAAAGACAUCCAUAAAGACGAUAGCUGGAUCGUGGCCUGAGGAAUAAUAUUUUUCUUUUCAUCACUUUUCUGGGAUGACCACUUUCAAAACAUCUUAUUGAUACUACUGGCUAAAACUGUAUGAAAUUCUUUGUGGGCAUUUCUUUACCUUCACGUUCGUUAUUUAUAAAGACCAACCAGCUUGUAUAGCAAAUGAACAAAACACAUCAGUCAUAUUAUACCUUUGCACAAACCAUGUUCUGCUCUGCCAACAGAACAAUUAACCUCAGGUGUCAUACUCCAAUGCACCUCCUGCAUGUCAAGUGUUUUUGUGAAAUGAUUUUUUUCUUUUUUGGACAUCAACAUAUCAAAAAUGAACUGAGGAUUACUCAGGAUUAAUACAGACACACAAGAAUACAUACAAGAAAAUUUGACUGACGUUAACGUAACAUGGAGAUUCUUUGAUGGAUCUAAGCACUUAUCUUUGGCACUUUAAAAAAAAAUAAUAAACUACUGCAUACA